AUGGCAACUCCAAAACAACACAUAGAGCACAUAAGAAAAACCACAUUCUCAAUAGGAGGAGAAAAGAACCCUUUGGCUCCUAUGCUUGAUCAGGCUGUCAAGUAUCUUUCUGCUGAACUCUACGCUAAAGAUGUCCACUUUCUUAUGGAACUCAUUCAGAAUGCUGAAGAUAAUGAAUACUUGGAACGGGUGGAUCCUUCACUUGAGUUUGUCAUAACAUCUCGAGAUAUUACAAACACUGGCGCACCUGCUACUUUGCUCAUCUUCAAUAAUGAGAAGGGUUUUUCUGCAAAAAAUAUCGAGUCCAUUUGCAAUGUUGGAAAUUCCACUAAGAAAGGGAACCGGAAGCGUGGCUAUAUUGGGGAGAAAGGAAUUGGAUUCAAGAGUGUGUUUCUUAUUGCUGCUCAGCCUUACAUAUUCAGCAAUGGCUAUCAGAUACGAUUCAAUGAAAAGCCCUGUCCACACUGCAAUCUUGGAUACAUAGUUCCUGAAUGGGUUGAUGAUAGCCCAUCUCUUUCUGACAUAAAGCAGAUUUAUGGUUCCGCUUCUACCCUCCCAACUACUACACUGAUUUUGCCCCUGAAGCCUGACAAGGUGAACCCCGUGAAGCAGCAGCUGUCGAGUAUUCAUCCUGAAAUCCUUCUGUUCCUUUCAAAGAUAAAACGCCUUUCUGUCAGGGAAGAAAAUGAGGAUCCCAGGCUCAACACUGUUAGUGCAGUAGCUAUUACCAAAGAGACAAAUUUCGUGCAAAGGAAAAACAUGGAUGCCGAGUCCUACACACUCCAUCUGUCUGCAGAGGAAAACAGUGAUGAAUUUGAAAAAGAAUGCAGCUACUACUUGUGGAAGCAGAAAUUUCCUGUCAGGGAGGAAAACAAAGUCGACAUGAGAAUGGAAGUGGAGGAUUGGGUGAUCACUUUGGCUUUUCCUAAUGGAGAGCGCCUCCAUAGGGGAAUGAAGUACUCCCCUGGAAUAUAUGCAUUUCUUCCAACCGAGAUGGUGACCGGCUUUCCCUUCAUAAUUCAAGCAGAUUUUAUUCUAGCAUCAUCAAGGGAAACAAUACGAUGGGACAACAUAUGGAACCAGGGAAUUCUUGAUUGUGUUCCCUUUGCUUUUAUCGAAGCAUUAGUCUCAUUAGUCAAAACAGUGGAUGGUGCACCAGUAUCUAGUCUGCCUCGAAUGUUCAAGUUCUUGCCGGUCCAUAGGUCCCCCAUUGAAAAGUUGAAUUCAGUGAGGGAAUCAAUUAAAGCGAAGCUGGCUGAAAAGGAUAUAAUUCCAAGUGAGUCAUACACAGCACAACAGUUCUUUCAUAAACCACGUGAAGUUGGCCGAUUAAUGCCUGCUUUCUGGAAUAUACUGAAGAAGACAAGGGAGCGAGGAGUGAGCUUGCACAAACUUUCAUCCCAUGGUUGCUAUGUUCUGAAUUCUUCAUUUGAUAAGCCAGAGUAUGAUCACAUACUGGAGUUCUUGGGGGUGAGACCGGCAAGUAGUGGGUGGUAUGUAAAGUGCAUUCAAGGCUCUAAUAUUGUAAUGGGAGUCUCAGAGGAAACAUACCUGGAGCUUCUUCAUUUCCUUGCUGUUAAUUGGCAGUCCGAGUUUCACUGCUCAGGCAUGGGGAACAUUCCACUAAUUAAAUAUGUGGGUGCCGAUGGGAGCGUUUCUUUGUGCUCUGUUAAUGAAUCUGCUCACCGGAAUAUUCUCUACGGAGAUCAAGUCAGUUGCGACCAGAAACUUGUGAUUGCCUAUGCUCACUUCUUAUAUCACUCAUUCCAAAAUGAAUAUCUAUCGGAGAGGGAAGUUGUUUCUUUGUGUGGUAAAAUGCCACUUGUUGAUAGCUAUGGCCAUGUGAUCAAAGCAAGGAAUGCGGUUUUAGUCCCAGCUACUGAAAGCAAAUGGGUGCAAUUGAUUGGUUCUAAUCCUUGGAGGGAAGAAAGCUAUGUUGAGUUAGGAGAAGACUACUUGCAUCCUGCAUGUUUUGCUGGCACAAGCACGGUGGGAAACCAGCUCAUGAAUUUCCUUAAAGUUUAUGUUAAGGCUUCUGAUAUUCCUCACAUAUCCCCCCCCAAUGCUGGAAUACCUACUGCGUCAACAGGACUUACCAAACAAAAUGCAUUUCUGCUGUUGGAUUGGAUUCAGGAGCUGAAACGGAGUGGAAUUUGCAUUCCAGAAAGGUUCAUGGCUUGCAUACAGGAGGGUAGGUGGCUUAAAACUACUAUGAAUGGCUCUCCUGGUUACAAACCACCAUCACAGUCGUUCCUACUUGCUUCAAGCAACAGAAGCUCAAACUGGGGAAACAUUUUGCAGAGUGCAUAUGUGCUUGCCGAUAUUCCUUUGAUAGAUCAGGAUUUUUAUGGUCCUAAAAUUACGGAGUAUAGAGAGGAGCUACGGACAGUUGGGGUCAUGUUUGAGUAUGGAGAGGCAUGCAAAUUUAUCGGGAACCAUCUCAUGUCUUUGGCAGCUUCAUCCGCUUUAACUAAAAGCAAUGUUAUCUCCAUACUGAAUUUCAUCAGAUUUUUAAGGCAGAAAUUUCUUUCUCUAGAUGAAUUCAUUGGCAGAAUUAAAGAAGAAAGGUGGCUAAGGACUUGUUGGGGUGAUAGGUCUCCGGUUGGAUCUGUUCUAUAUGAUCAGGAGUGGACAACUGCGAGGCAAAUUAGUGACAUCCCUUUCAUUGAUGAAGAUUACUAUGGCGAGGACAUCCUUCUUUUCAAACCAGAACUCCAGUUGCUUGGCGUUGUAGUUGGCUUCAAUAAAAGUUAUCAAUUGGUUGUUGAUUGCUUUAAAUCGCCUUCAUGCUUAUCUACUCUGACAAAGGAGGCCUUUCUUCUGGUUUUGGAUUGCAUGCAUCAUUCUAGUUCUGAUCACAAACUAGUUAAUGCAGUGAAAAGUACAAAAUGCUUAAAGACAAACUUAGGUUACAAAUGUCCUGGCGACUGUUUCUUGUUUCAUCCUGAAUGGGGUUGUCUUCUAAAGGUUUUUGGUGGUUUCCCGUUGGUUGAUAGUAAUUUCUAUGGAAGCAGCAUCAUCUCUUACAAUACGGAGUUGAAGGAGCUGGGAGUAAAGGUAGACUUUGAGGAUGCUGUCAGAGUGUUUGUUCAAACUUUUAUGAAGCAGGCAUCUUUGUCUUCCAUUACAGAGGAAAAUGUGUUUUCAUUCAUAUCAUGCUACAGAAAACUGAAGGGAACUCCAAACAAAUUUCCUUCGGAUCUUAAGAAGUGCAUCCGUGAGGUGAAAUGGCUGCGGACUCGGCUUGGUGAUUAUAGAUCUCCAAGAGACUGCAUCCUGUAUGGUCCUGAAUGGGAGUCAAUCCUUGCAAUUACUCUCCUUCCGUUCAUUGAUGACAGUGACAAGUUCUACGGGAAGGGUAUUCGUGAAUAUGAAAAGGAGCUGAAGAAGAUGGGAGUUGUUGUUGAAUUUAAAGCUGGUGUGAAAUUUGUGGCUGCGGGUCUUUAUUUUCCUCUGAAUCCUUGUCACAUAACUUCUGAGAAUGUGCUCUCUUUGCUGGAGUGCAUCCGAAUCUUAUUGCAAGAGAAGGAUUACUCCUUUCCUGACACUUUUCUAAAAAAUGUUCGUCGAGAGUGGUUAAAAACCCAUGUUGGCUACAGAACUCCAGACAACUGUUGCUUGUUUGAUUCCAAAUGGGGUUUGGAUUUGAAGAGCACUGACGGACCUUUCAUUGAUGAAGUGUUUUAUGGAUCUAACAUCACAUCAUAUAGGGAAGAGCUGAGCUCUAUAGGAGUUACUGUUAAAGUGGAAAAGGCAUGUCCAUUGCUAGCUAGUAACUUAUAUCACCAUUCUGAUUUUUCCACUAUUGUUCGAAUAUUCAAAUUUUUGAGCAGAAAUGAGUGGAUGCCAGAAAGUGAUGCAACCAGAAAGAUUUGGAUUCCUAAUGGACAUGAGAACGGUAAGUGGGUUAAUCCAGAAGAAUGUGUCCUGCACAACAGAGAUGGUCUUUUUGGCCAGCAGUUUAAUUUUUUGGAGGAAUACUAUGAGCCGGACUUGCUUUGUUUCUUCUCCAUUGCAUUUAAUGUUAAAUCCAAUCCUUCAUUUGAUGAUUACUGUAAGCUUUGGAAGGUUUGGGAAAGUUUAGGAAGACCAUUGACACAUGCUGAGUGCUGUGCUUUUUGGGAGUGUGUUAUGAUGCAAAGGAGCUCAAGGACAGAGAGAACCCUUGCUGAUGAUUUGGUUAAGCUACCUGCUGUUUUGGGCUCUGGUGAAAUCUUGUUGUCCAGCAAGAGUGAUGUUUUUAUUGCUGAUGACCUUCUACUAAAGGACCUAUUUGAGAAGUUCUCAUGGCUCCACCCGAUAUUUGUCUGGUGUCCUCAGCCAAACCUGCCUUCUUUGCCUCGAACUAGGUUGCUUGAAGUCUACAGGAAAAUUGGGGUUCGCACUAUAUCUGAAUCAGUGCUGAAGGAAGAAUUGUCAUUGGCAGAUGGUGUAGAACUUAGUCAGAUGGAUUCGAGGGAUGCUGGGAUUGGAAAGGAGCUGAUUAGACUGAUUCUUGGCUUUCUAGCAGAUCCUUCUCUUGAUAUGGAAGCAACAAAGAGGCAUGGAGCUGUCCAGUGCCUCCUGAAUCUUAAGGUGCUGGAGACUAUGGAGCCAAUUACUGUAAGCUAUAGUUUAUUGCUUUCUGAUGGGGAACCUCUGAAGGUGAAAGCAGACCGUAUGAUUCGCUGGGAUAAAGAGUGUUCAAAGUUUUUCACACAGAAGAUGGAUAAAGCUGGCGGCCAGAAAAAUCUUAUUGAAUAUGCAACCUCUUUUUCUGAAGUACUUGCUCGGGGGGUGUUAUGGGAUAAAGAAGAUAAAAUAAAAGCACUUUCUGAACUGACCAAGUUGGCUUUCCUCCUGAAUUUUGAUGAACAAGCUGUUCAAUUCUUGAUGAAAUCUAAUAAUCUUCAAACUUUUCUGGAGGACGAGGAGUUCCUUAAUGCUGCCUUCCCUUCUGUUUAG